AGUGGAGGUGGGCAGAAGUCAAGAUCAACGUAGUAAUGUUGAAUUCCCCUGUGAUUUGCUGUCAGCAAGCUGUUACCUAUACAUGCAAAAGGUUGUCUGAAGCACACUGCCACAUGUUUCCAUAGCAGCAGUCAUCUUAGCGGUUUCACUCAUUUUUGGACUUUUUUUCUUUUGCUUCUCCGUUCUUUGCUGAUGCAGGAUUAAACAAACGGCAUAUUUAGGUCAAGGGAAGAGAUGUUUGCUGAUGUAGAUGCUGGGCUGAGCAUUCUGGGAGAGUGACUUCUCGCAGCAGAUGAGCAUUCUUUGUGCCUUCCAGCAGCAUCUGCAGCAGUGUGGCUGUCUGGCACAGUCUUUUUCAUUUUGGGCAGGUUCUGAGAUUCAGAACAAUCCCGAGCAAAUCACAGGAGCCGGCAGCCUUCCAGUAACCCUGUGUACAUCUUCUGCAUAUUUGUUCUUUGUAUUAACAGUGAAGCAAUCCACUGGGAAAAUGAUACUUAAAGGUCUUGGUGCAUCUGAGGUGUGUCAUCCUGGUUUUGCACCACCCACCCCUCCUGUGUGACACUUGGAGCUUGGAUUUUUUUUGUCAGGCUGUUGGGCAGGAGCGGAUUCUAGUGCGGCAGCUUGGAGCUCCCCUCUGCCGGUACCGGUAACUGCUUGUCAUGAAGAUGGUACAGUGGGUGCUUGUGUCUGAAGAGCCAAGGAAGAUGAUGCAGAAACGGAGUAGGAAUUGCUAGACAUCUGAGCAUCCACACCUUGGGGAUGGGUUGCACUACUAGUGUGAUUCUGUUUAAAGGCAUCCGCACCGUUUUUGAAAGAAACUGUGCUUAUAUGUGCAAACAGCAAGGAGAGAAUAAUGUCCUUGAAUAUACAGCAUGCAACUGGACAAAAGAAGAUUCAGAACUAUUGAUCUCCGCCUGCCUGGCCAAGCCAAAGCUCAUUGAGCCCCUGGACUAUGAAAAUGUCAUCGUCCAGAAGAAGACUCAGAUCCUGAACGACUGCUUGAGGGAGAUGCUCCUCUUCCCUUACGAUGACUUCCAGACAGCCAUCCUGAGACGACAGGGGCGGUACCUGCGCUCCACAGUUCCCGUGAACGCGCAAGAGGAAGCACACAGCUUAUUCGUCACAGAGUGCAUCAAAACCUACAACUCUGACUGGCACAUUGUGAACUACAAAUAUGAAGAUUACUCAGGAGAGUUUCGACAGCUUCCAAACAAAGUGGCCAAGUUGGACAAGCUUCCCGUUCACGUCUAUGAAGUUGAUGAGGAGGUCGACAAAGAUGAGGAUGCUGCCUCCCUUGGUUCUCAGAAAGGCGGAAUCACCAAGCACGGGUGGCUGUACAAAGGCAACAUGAACAGUGCCAUCAGCGUGACCAUGAGGUCAUUUAAGAGACGAUUUUUUCACCUGAUUCAACUUGGUGAUGGUUCUUAUAAUUUGAAUUUUUAUAAAGAUGAAAAGAUCUCCAAAGAACCAAAAGGAUCAAUAUUUCUGGAUUCCUGUAUGGGUGUGGUCCAGAACAACAAAGUUAGGCGUUUUGCUUUUGAGCUCAAGAUGCAGGACAAAAGUAGCUACCUUUUGGCAGCAGAUAGUGAAGUAGAAAUGGAAGAAUGGAUCACAGUUCUCAACAAGAUUCUCCAGCUCAACUUUGAGGCUGCAAUGCAAGAAAAGCGAAAUGGAGACUCUCAUGAAGAUGAUGACCAAAGCAAAUUGGAAGGUUCUGGUUCUGGUUUAGACAGCUACCUGCCUGAACUUGCCAAGAGUACCAGAGAUGCAGAAAUCAAACUGAAAAGUGAAAGCAGAGUGAAGCUUUUUUACUUGGAUCCUGAUGCCCAGAAGCUUGACUUCUCAUCAGCUGAGCCAGAAGUGAAGCCGUUUGAAGAGAAGUUUGGAAAAAGGAUUCUUGUCAAGUGCAAUGAUUUGUCUUUUAAUUUGCAAUGCUGUGUUGCUGAAAAUGAAGAAGGACCUACUACAAAUGUGGAGCCUUUCUUUGUUACUCUGUCGCUCUUCGACAUAAAAUACAACCGAAAGAUUUCUUCUGACUUCCACGUGGACCUAAACCACUUCUCAGUGCGACAGAUGCUGGCCCCCUCGUCCCCGGCUCUGGUGAAUGGCGGGCACAGCCCUCCCGCCUCUCAGGCUGCCCUGCACGAGGCCUCCAUGCAGUAUCCGAAGCAGGGAAUAUUUUCCGUCACGUGUCCUCAUCCGGAUAUAUUUCUGGUGGCUAGAAUUGAAAAAGUCCUUCAGGGAAGCAUCACACAUUGUGCUGAGCCAUAUAUGAAAAGUUCAGAUUCUUCUAAGGUCGCUCAGAAGGUGCUGAAGAAUGCCAAGCAGGCCUGCCAAAGACUAGGACAGUACAGGAUGCCGUUUGCUUGGGCUGCAAGGACCUUGUUUAAGGAUACAUCUGGAAACCUUGACAAAAAUGCCAGAUUUUCUGCCGUCUACAGGCAGGACAGCAAUAAGCUAUCGAAUGAUGACAUGCUCAAGUUACUUGCAGACUUUCGGAAACCUGAGAAGAUGGCUAAACUUCCAGUGAUUUUAGGCAAUCUAGACAUUACCAUUGAUAAUGUUUCCUCAGACUUUCCUAAUUAUGUUAACUCAUCCUACAUUCCCAUGAAGCAAUUUGAAGCCUGCGCUAAAGUUCCAAUCACAUUUGAAGUGGAGGAGUUUGUCCCCUGCAUCCCGAAACACACUCAGCCUUACACUGUCUACAACAAUCACCUUUACGUUUAUCCCAAGUACUUGAAAUUCGACAGUCAAAAGACUUUUGCCAAGGCCAGAAAUAUUGCUAUUUGCAUUGAAUUCAAAGAAUCAGAUGAGGAAGAUUCUCUACCCCUAAAGUGCAUUUAUGGAAGACCUGGUGGACCAGUGUUCACAAGAAGCGCCUUUGCUGCAGUUUUACACCAUCAACAAAACCCAGAAUUUUAUGAUGAGAUUAAAAUAGAGUUGCCCACGCAGCUGCAUGAAAAGCACCACUUACUGUUCACCUUCUUCCACGUCAGCUGCGAUAACUCGAGUAAAGGAAGCACAAAGAAAAAGGAUGUUGUUGAAACACAAGUUGGAUAUUCCUGGCUUCCUCUCCUGAAAGAUGGAAGGGUGGUGACCAACGAGCAGCACAUCCCUGUCUCAGCUAACCUUCCGUCUGGCUACCUUGGCUACCAGGAGCUCGGAAUGGGCAGGCAUUAUGGUCCAGAAAUUAAAUGGGUAGAUGGAGCCAAGCCGCUGUUGAAAGUUUCUACUCAUCUGGUUUCUACAGUGUACACUCAGGAUCAGCAUUUACACAAUUUUUUCCAGUACUGUCAGAAAACUGAAUCUGGAGCCCAAGCCUUAGGGAAUGAACUUGUAAAAUACCUUAAGAGUCUACACGCGAUGGAAGGCCACGUGAUGAUCGCCUUCUUGCCCACCAUCCUAAACCAGCUCUUCCGCGUCCUCACCAGGGCCACCCAGGAGGAAGUGGCAGUCAACGUGACGCGGGUCAUUAUUCAUGUGGUUGCCCAGUGCCAUGAGGAAGGAUUGGAAAGCCACUUGAGGUCCUAUGUUAAGUAUGCUUAUAAGGCUGAGCCAUAUGUUGCUUCUGAAUAUAAGACAGUGCACGAAGAGCUAACCAAAUCCAUGACUACCAUUCUCAAGCCUUCUGCCGAUUUCCUCACCAGCAACAAACUGCUUAAGUAUUCAUGGUUUUUCUUUGAUGUGCUGAUAAAAUCCAUGGCGCAGCAUUUGAUAGAGAACUCCAAAGUUAAGUUGCUGAGAAACCAGAGAUUCCCUGCAUCCUACCAUCAUGCAGUGGAAACUGUUGUCAACAUGCUGAUGCCACACAUCACUCAGAAGUUUCGAGAUAACCCAGAGGCAUCCAAGAAUGCCAAUCACAGCCUUGCUGUCUUCAUCAAGAGGUGUUUCACCUUCAUGGACAGGGGCUUUGUCUUCAAGCAGAUCAACAACUACAUCAGCUGCUUUGCUCCUGGAGACCCCAAGACCCUCUUUGAGUACAAGUUCGAGUUUCUCCGUGUCGUGUGCAAUCAUGAACAUUACAUCCCUCUGAAUUUACCAAUGCCGUUUGGAAAAGGCCGGAUUCAGAGGUACCAAGCCUUUCUUCCACCAACCGUGGAGUCAAAUGACACUCCUGUAGACCUUCAGCUUGACUACUCCUUAACAGACGAGUUCUGCAGGAACCACUUCUUGGUGGGGCUGUUACUGAGGGAGGUGGGUGCCGCACUGCAGGAGUUUCGGGAGGUCCGUGUGAUUGCCAUCAGCGCACUCAAGAACCUGCUGAUAAAGCACGCUUUUGAUGACAGAUACGCUUCCAGGAGUCAUCAGGCCAGGAUCGCCACCCUCUACCUGCCUCUGUUCGGCCUGCUCAUAGAGAACGUCCAGCGGAUCAACGUGCGGGACGUGUCUCCCUUCCCCGUGAACCCCGGCAGUACUGUGAAGGAGGACUCCCUUGCCUUGCCAGCCGUGAACCCGCUUGUGACGCCACAGAAGGGAAACACGCUGGACAACAGCCUGCACAAGGACCUCCUGGGCGCCAUCUCUGGCAUCGCUUCUCCAUAUACAGCUUCUACUCCAAACGUCAACAGCGUGAGAAAUGCUGACUCAAGAGGGUCUCUUAUAAGCACGGAUUCGGGUAACAGCCUUCCGGAGAGGAACAGUGAGAAGAGCAAUUCCCUGGAGAAGCAUCAACAGAGUAACACUUUGGGAAAUUCUGUGGUUCGCUGUGACAAACUUGACCAGUCUGAGAUUAAGAGCCUACUGAUGUGCUUCCUGUACAUCUUAAAAAGCAUGUCUGAUGAUGCUCUGUUUACGUAUUGGAACAAGGCUUCAACAUCUGAACUUAUGGAUUUUUUCACAAUAUCUGAAGUCUGCUUGCACCAGUUCCAGUACAUGGGGAAACGAUACAUAGCCAGGAACCAGGAGGGGUUGGGACCCAUAGUUCAUGAUCGAAAGUCUCAGACAUUGCCUGUUUCCCGUAACAGAACAGGAAUGGUGCAUGCCAGAUUGCAGCAGCUGGGCAGCCUGGAUAACUCUCUCACUUUUAACCACAGCUACGGCCACUCAGAUGCGGACGUCCUCCACCAGUCCCUGCUCGAAGCCAACAUCGCCACUGAGGUUUGCCUCACGGCUCUGGACACGCUCUCCCUGUUCACGCUGGCGUUCAAGAACCAGCUCUUGGCUGACCACGGCCAUAAUCCUCUCAUGAAAAAAGUGUUCGACGUCUACCUGUGUUUUCUUCAAAAGCAUCAGUCUGAAACAGCUUUGAAAAACGUCUUCACUGCCUUACGGUCGCUGAUCUAUAAGUUCCCCUCGACGUUCUAUGAAGGGCGGGCGGACAUGUGCGCCGCGCUGUGCUAUGAGAUUCUCAAGUGCUGCAACUCCAAGCUGAGCUCCAUCCGAACCGAGGCUUCCCAGCUGCUCUACUUCCUGAUGAGGAACAACUUCGACUACACUGGAAAGAAGUCCUUUGUCCGGACACACCUGCAGGUCAUUAUUUCUGUCAGCCAGCUGAUAGCAGACGUCGUAGGCAUUGGAGGAACCCGGUUCCAGCAGUCCUUGUCCAUCAUCAACAACUGUGCCAAUAGUGACCGGCUCAUCAAGCACACCAGCUUCUCCUCGGACGUGAAGGACUUGACCAAGAGGAUACGCACGGUCCUGAUGGCCACGGCCCAGAUGAAGGAGCACGAGAAUGACCCGGAGAUGCUGGUGGACCUGCAGUACAGCCUGGCCAAGUCCUACGCAAGCACCCCUGAGCUCAGGAAGACGUGGCUCGACAGCAUGGCCAGGAUCCAUGUCAAAAACGGGGAUCUCUCCGAGGCAGCAAUGUGUUAUGUCCACGUAACAGCCUUGGUGGCAGAAUAUCUCACACGGAAAGAAGCUGACCUCGCACUCAGUCGGGAGCCAUCCCUCUUCUCCUGCCACUAUAGCACCUGCCAGAGGAGAAGCCGGGCAGGCAUGUUCAGACAGGGAUGCACAGCCUUCAGAGUCAUUACCCCAAACAUCGACGAGGAGGCCUCCAUGAUGGAAGAUGUGGGCAUGCAGGACGUCCAUUUCAAUGAGGAUGUGCUGAUGGAACUGCUGGAGCAGUGUGCGGACGGGCUGUGGAAGGCCGAACGCUACGAACUCAUCGCGGACAUCUACAAGCUCAUCAUCCCCAUUUAUGAGAAGCGGAGGGAUUUUGAGAGGCUAGCCCAUCUGUAUGACACGCUGCACCGGGCCUACAGCAAAGUGACCGAAGUCAUGCACUCGGGCCGCAGGCUCCUGGGGACCUACUUCCGGGUGGCCUUCUUCGGACAGGGCUUCUUCGAAGAUGAAGAUGGAAAGGAGUAUAUUUACAAAGAACCCAAACUCACACCUUUGUCCGAAAUUUCUCAGAGACUCCUUAAACUUUACUCAGAUAAGUUUGGUUCUGAAAAUGUCAAAAUGAUACAAGAUUCUGGCAAGGUCAACCCUAAGGAUCUGGAUUCCAAGUAUGCGUAUAUCCAGGUGACGCAUGUGAUCCCGUUCUUUGAUGAAAAAGAACUGCAAGAGAGGAGAACAGAGUUUGAAAGGUCACACAACAUUCGCCGCUUCAUGUUCGAGAUGCCCUUUACCCAGACCGGGAAAAGGCAGGGUGGGGUCGAAGAGCAGUGCAAGCGGCGCACCAUCUUGACAGCAAUCCACUGCUUCCCGUACGUGAAGAAGCGCAUCCCCGUCAUGUACCAGCACCACACGGACCUGAACCCCAUCGAAGUGGCCAUCGACGAGAUGAGCAAGAAGGUGGCUGAGCUCCGGCAGCUGUGCUCCUCGGCGGAAGUGGAUAUGAUCAAGCUGCAGCUCAAACUGCAGGGCAGCGUGAGCGUGCAGGUCAACGCAGGCCCACUGGCAUAUGCCCGCGCUUUCUUAGAUGACACGAACACAAAAAGAUACCCUGACAAUAAAGUGAAGUUGCUGAAGGAAGUUUUCAGGCAAUUUGUGGAAGCUUGUGGGCAGGCCUUGGCGGUAAAUGAACGUCUGAUUAAAGAGGACCAGUUAGAGUACCAGGAAGAAAUGAAGGCCAACUACAGGGAAAUGGCGAAGGAGCUUUCUGAGAUCAUGCGUGAGCAGAUCUGCCCCCUGGAGGAGAAGACGAGCGUCCUGCCGAACUCACUCCACAUCUUCAAUGCCAUCAGCGGAACGCCAACAAGCACAAUGGUUCACGGGCUGACCAGCUCGUCCUCAGUUGUGUGAUCACGCCUCGUGGACCGCAUUGGGGACUUACUUUGUUACUGACAAACUCAGGAUGAUUUCCAAAGCUAAUCGCUGGGGACACCGAGCACAGGGAGAAGCCAUGGGGACUGGGAGCGAAAGGGAAUGAAGGACUGUGGUAUUUCUAGUAGCUUUUCUAUGGGAGUCAGAAGAAAGGAUUACGUAUUUUUUUAAAUCUCACCGGCAAUAUUAAAAGUUUUCGUUGUGUCUUGACAGCAGUGUGUGGUGGACGCUGUGAAGCUGGAGUUAACUUUUACUCUUCCUUCCAGAGCAGUUGACAGUGAAGGACCCGGAGUAGAAGUGUUCGUGGGCGCCGGUUAGCGGCAGCAGCCCUGAGAGUGAGGAGGGGGAGGUUUGCCACUUAGCUAAGCUCAAGAAUCUUGAAAAUAUUUUUUUUCUGGUGGCACAUUCAGGUUGAAUAUAAGAACUAUUUUUGUGACUAGUUUUUGAUGACCUAAAGGAACUGACCGUUGUAAUUUUUGUACCGGUGAACCAGGAGAUUUAGUGCUUUUAUAUGCAUUCCCUUGCAUUUAAAAAAUAAGAAAGCUUAAGGAAUUAUAUGGGCUUAAAACUAGUCAACCAGUUUAGAACCAAAGGCCUAUAUUAAAAAACACAAUGUAACUGAAAAGUAAAAAGUAGUAUAUUGCUAUGUACAUAGAGUUUGUUAAUACAGUCUCAGCAUCUGUACAUACAUGUAUUACAUUUCUACAUUUUUAAUACUCACAUCAGCUUCUGCAUUAAGUUUAAUUGUGACAGACUUGUGCUGGUCUUAGUAUAUGCAAUAAACUUUUCUGUUUUAUUCUUGUACAUAAAAAAGUGCAAUAUGGAGAUGUAUACAGUCUUUGCUAUAUUAGGGUUAUAAACUGUUUUAAAAUCUUCAUCCUUUUGCCAAAAUGGUGGAGUAUGUAAUUGAUAAAGCAUAAAUCCUGUGGUGAAUGGUGGUAUAAUUUAAAGCUUUCACCAUGUUAUAUUUUCUUUUAAGACCUUAAUUUAGUAAUUUUAUAUUUGGGGGAAGAAAGGUUUUUAAUUUUAUUUAACUGGAAUCACUGCCCUGCUGUAAUGAAACAUUCUGUACCACAUGUGUAUUAAAAGUAACACUGCUGA